UAUACUAAACCAAUGUGUGAGUGUGUGUAUAUAUAUAUAUAUAUAUAUAUAUAUAUACAAACUAUAUUGCCAAAAGUAUUGGGACACCCUCCAAAUCAUUGGAUUCAGGUGUUCCAAUCACCUCCAUGGCCACAGGUGUAUAAAAUCAAGCACCUAGGCAUGCAGACUGCUUCUACAAACAUUUGUGAAAGAAUGGGCCGCUCUCAGGAGCUCAGUGACUCCAAGCGUGGAACUGUGAUAGGUUGUCACCUGUGCAAUAAGUCCAUCCCUGAAAUUUCCUUGCUACUAAAUAUUCCACAGUCAACUGUUAGUGGUAUUAUAACAAAGUGGAAGCAACUGGAAACAACAACUCAGCCAGGAAGUGGUAGGCCAUGUAAAAUGACAGAGCGGGGUCAG